GGAUGGUGGCCUCCGAGGUACGGAAGCAGAUGUCGCGGGAGCAUGGGAGCUCCCCCCAGCUCUCAGAGCGUCGCAGUGGCUCCCACCAGACCGUGCCGCUGGCAGAGGUGGUGGAGCCACUGGAUGUGGAGGAGUUCCUGGCCGCCCACCCCCCUGAAGCUGAGUCAGGGCACCUGCGCGACCUGGCUGACUUUCCACCUGAUGACCUCGAGGUCAUACAGGAGCCACGGGAGCUCCGCACAUUGGAGCCAGGGGUCCCUGAGGAGGGGAUGCUGGACAUGCGAACACAGGAUGCAGUGAAGACCUACACUGAGGACUGGCUGGUUGUACGCCGGAGGUACCAGGGCUUGAGCACGGCUUACACUCCCAUCACCCCGCAGCGGCAGCGAGAGCGGCAGCAGGGCCUGCCCCGGCAGGUCUUUGAGACAGAUGAGCCAGAGGUGGAGGAUGUGGAGGAGCGGCGGCGCAGCUCAGGCUCGUUGGAUGAGACGCCACGUGGCAGCUGGGCGUCUAGUAUCUUCGACCUGAGGAACUCAGUGCCUGAUGCACCGCUGCCCGGCCUGCUGGAGCGCACAGCCCCCGAGGAGGCUGACCUGCGCAAUGCUGCCCUGCGCAGGGAGGGCCGCCACCCUGAGAUCUUGGCUCUCUUUCCUGCCCCUGAUGAGGAUGAGGCAGUGGAGCGCCGCAGCCCCCCAGAAAUGCCCCGGGAGCACUUCGGGCAGCGCAUCCUGGUCAAGUGUCUGUCCCUUAAAUUUGAGAUUGAAUUCGAGCCCAUCUUCGGGUCUCUUGCCCUUUAUGACAUCAAGGAGAAGAAGAAGAUUUCAGAGAACUUCUACUUUGACCUGAACUCAGAAGCGGUGAAGGGGCUACUGCAGGGCCACAGUGCCCCCCCAGCUAUCUCUAGCCUGGCCCGUGCUGCCAUCUUCUCCAUCAGCCACCCCUCCCCUGAUAUCUUCCUUGUCAUCAGGCUGGAGAAGGUGCUGCAACAGGGGGACAUCGGGGAGUGCUGCGAGCCCUACAUGGUGCUGCGGGAGGCAGAUGGUGCCAAGAACAAGGAGAAGCUGGAGCGGCUGCGGACGGCGGCAGAGCAGUUCUGCAGCCGCCUGGGCCGGUACCGCAUGCCCUUUGCAUGGACAGCUGUACACCUGCGCAAUGUCCUCAGCAGCGCCAGUGCUCCCGAGCGUGACCCCCCGGACCCUGAUACUGGUCGUAAAGGCACCUGGAAGCGGCGGACACUGGAUCGCCUGAGCGUGGGGGAUGAGGCCUGUGGUUUUGGCAACUUCCGCCCGGCUACACUCACCAUCACCAACUUCUUCAAGCAGGAGGGUGACCGCCUAAGCGAUGAGGACCUGUACAAGUUUUUGGCUGACAUGCGGCGCCCAUCAUCUCUGCUGCGGCGGCUCCGUCCCAUCACAGCUCUGCUGAAGAUUGACAUCUCUCCGGCACCCGAGAGCCCCCACUACUGCCUGUCACCGGAACUGCUGCAUGUGCGGCCCUACCCUGACCCCCGCGUGCGGCCCACCAAGGAGAUCCUGGAGUUCCCUGCCCGUGAGGUCUUUGCCCCCUACACCAUGUACAGGAACUUGCUCUUCAUCUACCCCCAGAGCCUGAACUUCAGCUCGCGCCAGGGCUCCAUGCGCAACAUUGCCAUCAAGGUGCAGCUCAUGGCUGGUGAGGACCCCAGCCAGGCCCUGCCAGUGCCCGCAGUUCUAUGAGGAGGUGAAGGUGAUGCUGCCGCCGGCACUGGGCGACAGCCACCAUCUUCUCUUCUCCUUCCACCAUGUGGCCUGCCAGCCCCGCCCACACACCCUGCCUGACGCCCCCGUUGGCUACACGUGGGUGCCUCUGAUGCAGCAUGGGCAGCUGCGCACGGGACCCCUGUGCCUGCCUGUCUCUGUGGACAAGCCUCCCCCCAGCUACUCUGUCCUCACCCCUGACGUGAGUGCGGACAC